AUGGCUUUAAAUGUGUCAAGAUCUAUUAUUAGAAUAAUAAAAGAAUAUAUUGUAACGAAAAAUGACGAUAUUCUUGCUGAAGUAUCUAAAUUUAUCUUAAUGGUUGGUAAACUCAGGAGAUCAAUAAUUCAAACGUUAAUGCAAGGUUUAAUGGCAGUCCUGAAAUCAGGUGAUCUUUUGCAAACGCCACAAUCGUUCACUCUCUUGACAAAAACUGCAUUAAAAGCUCCCCCUGAAACUAGCGCAGAAGCAGAAAGUUUUCAACAAGAGAUCAUUGCGACAAUUAAAAAUUUCGGUCAAUUUGACGGAAACACAGUUUGUAACAAUCAAUGGAACAUUUAUUUGAUUGGUGUUGAUGCUGGAAAAUCUGGAUGUUUUUCUGUCAUGGCGAAUAUUAUGCAAUUCUUUGUUACAUCCGUUGACGUAGACGCCUCAAGAUAUUGGUUGAGGGCUCUAAUUAAUAUCGCAACAGCAGAAAAAGGGAUAGUUAUGAAAGUGGGUGAAGAACAAAUGUUCGAUCUGCAACCAGGAAAAAUCGACAUUUUAGAUACGAUUGAAGAUUCUAUUCGUCGUUACGCACAGGGUGACGAAGAAUUAAAUGGAUUUAUGGCACUCAUGGACAUAUCUAGUCAAAGAUUAUUUGCAAAAUGGUUUUACCUUCUUCGAGUUGAGUUUUUUAAGACCAUGAAAUCCCUUUUGGAAAAAUUGAACCAAUACAUGAAUCCUAGAAUUAGACGUCAAAAAAAGGACAUGGUUGAUAUUCAAGAAAUGUUGUUAAGAACUGCGCAUAUGCACGAUUUCGUAGCACAUUCAUUCUUUGAUGUUGACAAGAAAAGUUUGGAAAUUUUAGAAUCAUAUAGGAUUUGCUGCCUAAUCUUGGUGUAUGCCAUAAAAAGUCUUCUUACUGGAGUUGAGUUAAAUCAAGAACACAUUGAUCCAUCCCUAAUUCCAUUGAUUCCAAUGAUGCGAUAUUUGAAUAUUGAUAUGAAUGGCGCUACCAGCUCUUGGAAAACGGGCGAGAUAGAUCAACAAGAAAGAUUAGCAUUGUAUACCCGAUCUAUUCAAAUAUUAAGGGAAAUUGAACAACAUAAGCUUCAAGGUGCUUCAUCGAAUCCAGUAUUAGUUGUGCGUGACUUUGCACGUGCAAUGUUAAAAAUUCCAAUGAACAUUCCGCCAUAUUUUUUUGACAGGCAGCAAAGAACGCGUAUCCAUUGGCUUGAUGUCCCAUAUUUUAAAGGAAACAAAGCAAUCUUGGUUCAAGAAAAACUUGUUCUCAAGUUAGAAGGAGUAGUUCAGUCAGGUUAUGAUGAUGUGUCAAAAAAACUGCAAAGCAUUGAAAUGAUCAUCUUUGGAUCAAAUAUUGAUUUUUUUGAGAAAUCUAACCCAGAAAAUUCUUUAUUAAAUAACUUAAAAUUCUCAGACACAGCAUUAAAUUGUAAAGAGUCUGCUACAAAAAAUACUGAUUCGUUACAAACUUCGGUUGUUGUUUGUAGUGUAGAGAUAAACAAUAAUAAUUAUUUUGCAGCAUCGGUUAUCUUUCCGUUUCCGUUAGGUAAAGAUGGUUGUAAAUUUAUAAAUAUUCAUACCAGAAUUGUUGAUGAUCAAUCGGCUAUGUGGACGAUUGGGCCCGAGUUGAGAAUAGUAGCUCCUUCUAUACAAUAG